UAAAAGGGGCGUGGCCUGCGCUGAAGACGCCCGCUGAUUGGCUGAUCGCGGCGAGGAGGAGGGGGCGUGGCCUCCUGAGGUGAUUGACGGGAGGAGUAAUGGCGGCGCUGCGGGUGCUCGUGGGGGUGAAGAGGGUCAUCGACUACGCCGUCAGGGUUCGGGUGACGCCCGAUGGGGGUUCGGUGCAGACUCAGGGGGUGAAGCAUUCGCUGAACCCCUUUUGUGAGAUCGCUUUGGAAGAAGCCGUGAGGCUGCGGGAACGCGGAGCGGCCGCCGAGGUCAUCGCCGUCAGCGUAGGAACUAAAGCCUCUCAGGAGUGCCUGCGCUCAGCGCUGGCGGUGGGGGCGGAUCGGGCGCUGCUCCUGGAGGCGCCGCCGGAGGCGUCGUUGGGGCCGCGGGAAGUGGCGAUGGCGCUGACGGAGCUCUCGCGGAGAUUAAAGCCGAACCUCGUCCUGCUCGGAAAGCAGGCCAUCGACGACGACUGUAACCAAACCGGGCAGCUCCUCGCCGCCAUGUUGGAUUGGCCGCAGGGGACCUUCGCCUCUCGGUUGGAGGUGGAGGGCGAAGCGGCGAAGGUGGAGCGGGAGGUGGACGGAGGUCUGGAGACGCUGCGGCUGCGGCUGCCGGCGGUGCUGACGGCCGAUCUGCGCCUCAACGAACCCCGUUACGCCACCUUACCCAACAUCAUGAAAGCCAAAAAGAAGCCCCUGGAGGUGAUUCCGCUGUCGGAUUUUGGGGUCCCCGCGGGGUCCCCCCGUUUGCGGGUGUUGCGUUUGGAAGAGCCGCCGGCGCGAACGGCCGGAGAAAAGGUGGAAGACGCCGCGACGCUGAUCCAAAAGCUCCGGAAUUGUGGGAGGAUUUAGGGGGGGGGAUCCCCCAAAAAUGGUUUUUGGGGGGGGGUACCCCAAUAUUCAUCCCUUAUAGAGCUCUAUAAUCGCCCCCCAAUAGACCCCAAUGAGUGCCCGGAAUGGAUUUAGGGGUUCGGAGGAGGGAUCCCCAUCCCCAUAUGCCAUUGUAUGCGAUCCUUAUGGAUUUGGGGGGGACCCCCAUGGAUUUGGGGGGGACCCCUGGAGGGGGGUACCCCAAUAUCCACCCCCCCAUAGCGCCCCAUAACCCCCCAUAGACUCCUAUGGACCCA